GAGAUACAUCUUUGCUUUUUGAGAUGCCUUUUCAAGAACAGACGUGUGAAACUGCAAAUAUCAUCAGUAUCCACAAUUUAGACCAAACACCUGGACACCAAAAAGUAGAGUCUGGAUUUUGUUGCUCCUGGCCAGAGAAACAGCACCUUUGUCAAGGAGAAGAGAGCGAAUGGGCCACUCCUCUUGAUCACAGUGUGGGCAGCUUGAAACAUCAGCAGAGGCCUUUGCACAUUGUUUGGCCUCAUAGAUGGGAACACGAUAAAGAUCCUGAAAGCUUCUUUAAAGUGCUGAUGAAAUUGAAAAAGAUGGAACUGAAUUUUCAUGUCUCUGUCCUUGGAGAAGCCUUCAGUGAUGUUCCAGAUAUAUUUUCAGAGGCCAAAAAGACAUUGGAAUCAUCAGUCUUACACUGGGGCUACUUACCCAGCAGGGAUGACUAUUUCCAAGUUCUGUGCAUGGCUGAUGUGGUCAUCUCCACAGCUAAGCAUGAAUUCUUUGGUGUGGCAAUGAUAGAAGCGGUGCAUUGUGGCUGUUACCCCCUCUGUCCGAAUGCUUUGGUCUAUCCAGAAAUAUUUCCAGCUGAAUAUCUGUAUUCUACACCUGAACAGCUUAUUAAAAGGCUUCAGAAUUUCUGCAAGAGACCAGAGAUUAUAAGGAAACAUCUUUAUAAGGGUGAAACAUCUCAGUUUUCUUGGGCAGCACUCCAUGGUAAAUUCAGGUCUCUCCUCACAGCAGAACCCAGGGAAGAUUUGUGACAGAUGGGGCGAA